CGCCCAUCAGCAACAAGUUUGUGUUAAAAAAUUAAGAAAAAAGCAGAUUUUAAAGCAUUAUUUUCGCAAAAGAUUAAAUUAAUUAUGCCUUUAAAUACAAGAGACUUAAUUGAAGCCAUUUCAAUUGUUGCUGACAAUAAUAAUAUUCGUGUAACAAUUAAAUCAAGUCUAAAAGCUUCAUGUACAACAGCUGUGACUACUUUCGCCGGAGGAAUGUUUUUUGGACCUUUGGGAAUUCCGUUCGGUGCUACGAUUGGUGGAUUACUUGCUUUUGCUAGAACAGAAAAGUUCAAGUCAGUCGGAAGUAUUAUCCGUAAUGAAUUAUCAGCUGAACAGAAGAGAAAGCUUUGUCAGCACAUUAUUGAUGCAUUCAAGUCAGUUCGUUCUGAUGAAAUUGCUACGCUAAUUUGUAUGAUUAAUCAACCCGGCCAAAUUCAAGCUACUGUCAUUAAGAAAACUGUUCAAUUUUUUAUAGAAGAGAUGCAUAUGAAUGUAAUCAAUUAAGUUGAUAAGUUAAAUAACAUGUAAAUGCAAAAGCAUCAUUGUUGC